AUUAACUUAUUGUGUUUGUUCUAUGCAACAGGUAUUUUAAACCAGGAAAACCACCGUAGUAGGUUAAUGCUAACUUAGAUUAGCAUAAUUUAGCCUGACUAGCUUGGAAAGCAGGGGAAAACUGUGUUGGCUUGCUAGCUAGUGAAGUGCCUAAUGGCCGGAGGCCUAUAGUCUGGUGUUUUAAAUGUCUCGCCGUCAGAUGAACAGCAUAAUUAGAACUAAAUUGGGACACAAUAACAUCACAAUCAGAAAUAUCUGUUAUCCGCGGUUUCCAUUGCUUUCAGUAUUCAGUUUUGGAAAAUGUUGUACUUAUACAGGGCGUAACUUUCUCUGUUCUGUUGUUUAAAAUGGCUAAUCGGUUAGCUAAUGGUAGCUAUUCUGGCUAGUGUUAGCUCGUGCAACUUGUUGCUCUGAUUAGGAUUGUAACGUUAUUAUCAGCUAAUGUUGCGCUAGCUUUGUCCUGUGUUGUUUUUGUGUUUUGUGUUGUUAUGGAUCUCAGACGUAUUCGUGUGGUUGUUCAGACGGAGCUUCAUAGCCAGCUCAACACAAAACGUAAUGAAAAAUGUAGAAUAUGGGACAAUUAACGUUAACAUCACACUGUAAUAGCUGGUUUUGGUUUAACGUUACUGAGCAACGUCGUGUCAAGUGGAAGGAGUCUCAUUCAGCUGAACAUUCCCGCUCUAAAACCAGACCAGCAGGGCUUAGUCACACACCUCAGACCGUUGGAUCCUAGGUGCAGCAGGGAGAAACUUGGGUGCCGGUGAGUUCUGUGAGUGUGUUUUAGAGAGAGCACAUCCUCAGGCUGGUCCCCCUGACUGAGCGAGUGUGACAGACUGCCAGCGUGCGUUGCCCUCACGUGUUCCAUCAUGGCCGCCACUUCCUCCUAACGCAGAACACACCAGGGACAGCAGCAGCAGCAGCAUCCACAGUCACACAACUGCAAGGGGGCGGGGGGAUGAUGACGACGUCCCACAUGAACGGUCACGUGACCGAGUCGGGUGGAGGCGGGGGCGAGGGCACCGGGUCUGGUGGCGGGCGUCACGAGGGCCCCGAGGAGCCCCAGCAGUGGCACCGCGAGAUGGCCGUGGACUGCCCGGGCGACCUGGGCUCGCGGACGCUGCCCGUCAGGCGCAGCGCCCAGCUGGAGCGCAUCCGGCAGCACCAGGAGGACCGGCGGCGGCGCGAGGAGGAGGGCCGCACCCGCCAGGAGCUGGACCUCAACGCCUCCAUGCGCCUCAAGAAGCUGGCGCAGAACGCGCAGAACCCCAAAGUGGGCAUCGACAACCCUACGUUUGACCCGGUGGAGGGCCCCGGAGGGCCACUGUCAGCCCUGCAGGGACUGGGAGGGCCCCCUUCACUGCUGGAGCUGGAGGAGCUGCUGCUCUCCCUGAAGCAGGUGCAGCACUGCCUGGGCGAUGAGCAGAGCCGCGAGGACGUGGAGAUGGUGCUGCAGCUGGUGCAGAAGACCGACUUCCAGAAGGCCUUCAGCAUCCACAACGCCGUGGCCCAGCACAUGCACCGCGCCAGCCCACCCUUCCCCCUCACGGAGCGGGCGCAGGGGCUCACACACGAGGUCCAGUCCAUGUUGCUGUCCACCCAACAGAAGGAGAGCCUGGAGCUCAACACCCUGCUCUCCUCGCCUAACUUCCAGGCUCUGCUGCUGGCCCAUGACGGCAUUGCUGAGCAGGAGAUGCAGUUUGAGCCCGAAAGCUUCCAGGAGCAGCCGUGUGAGAACCUGGCCCAGUGGGGCGGAGAGACGGUGAAGAUCGUGCGCAUAGAGAAGGCCAGAGACAUCCCUCUGGGCGCGACGGUUCGUAACGACAUGGACAGCGUGAUCAUCAGCCGUGUGGUGAAGGGCGGGGCGGCCGAGCGGAGCGGCCUGCUGCAGGAGGGAGACGAGGUCCUGGAGAUCAACGGAGUCGAGAUCCGCGGCAAAGACGUCAACGAGGUCUUCGACAUCCUGGCAGAGAUGCACGGCACUCUGACCUUUGUGCUAAUCCCCAGUCCUCACAACAAACCUCCUCCUGUCAAAGAGACUGUGGUGCAUGUGAAGGCCCACUUUGACUACGACCCCUCUGACGACCCCUACGUGCCCUGCCGGGAGCUGGGACUGUGCUUCCAGAAGGGGGACAUCCUGCACAUCAUCAGCCAGGACGACCCUAACUGGUGGCAAGCCUACAGGGAUGGAGACGAGGACAAUCAGCCGCUAGCAGGCUUGGUGCCAGGGAAGAGCUUCCAGCAGCAAAGAGAAGCCAUGAAACAAACCAUAGAAGAGGAUAAAGAACCUGAGAAGUCAGGAAAGCUGUGGUGUGCAAAGAAAAACAAGAAAAAGAGGAAGAAGCUUCUCUACAAUGCCAACAGAAAUGAUGAUUAUGACACUGAGGAAGUUCUGACCUAUGAGGAGAUGGCGUUGUACCACCAGCCAGCCAAUAGGAAGCGGCCGAUCGCUCUGAUUGGGCCCCCCAACUGCUGUCAGAAUGAACUGAGGCAAAGACUGUUGACCAGUGAGCCAGACAGAUUUGGAGGAGCAGUCCCACACACCACGCGCAACCGGAGGGACAUAGAGGUGAACGCGCGCGACUACCACUUCGUCUCGCGGCAGGCCUUCGAGAUGGACGCGGCCGCCGGGAAGUACAUUGAGUCCGGCGAGUUUGAGAAGAAUCUGUACGGCACCAGCACCGACUCAGUCCGGCAGAUCAUCAACACGGGAAAGAUCUGCAUCCUCUGCCUGCACACCCAGUCACUGAAGGUUUUACGGAGCUCUGACCUGAAGCCUUACAUCAUAUUCAUCGCACCCCCCUCCCAAGAGCGGUUGCGUGCUCUCCUGACAAAAGACAACAAGAACCCAAAGCCGGAGGAGCUGAGGGACAUCAUAGAGAAGGCCCGCGAGAUGGAGCAGAACUUCGGGCACCUGUUCGACGCCGCCAUCGUCAACACGGACCAGGACAAGGCCUACCAGGAGCUGCUGCGCCUCAUCAACAAGCUGGACACGGAGCCGCAGUGGGUGCCCUCGUCCUGGCUGCGCUGAGACCGCCCGCGAUCACGCAUGGCGUACACUAACUUAAAACACACACACACACACACACACACACACACACAGACUCUCACUCUUACUCUAAAGCAUACUUAUUGACACAUCCUCGCACGCACGCACGCACGCACGCACGCAGACACAAGCUGUGAUUUUUAAGAAUACCGUUUCCAAUGUUGUUCUCCGCACGAGAAGACGGAGGGCUGGAGAGAGAGCGAGCGAGCGAGAGAGAGCGAGAGCGAGAGAGAGCGAGAGAGAGAGCGA